AUGGCCACUAGUACCAAAUUCAAUAAAGUGACCACUAAGAAGAACGUUGGCACUUGUGCCAUUAAAAAUGCACUGGAAACUAUUCGUAAAGGAGAAUUUGUGAUUGUUAUGGACAAUGAAGAUCGGGAAAAUGAAGGAGAUCUCAUUGCUGCUGCGGAAUUUGCGACAGAAGAACGUGUGGCGUUUAUGUUGCGUCACUCGACAGGUAUUGUAUGUGUUCCAGCGCUAUCCAAACGCAUUGAUGAGCUGCAAUUGCCUCUUAUGGUGGUACAAAACACAGAGGUCCAUAAGUGCAAAUUCACAGUUACAGUGGACCUUAAAGAGGGAAACUCGACGGGCGUCUCGGCGGCCGAUCGUGCCCGUACGAUCCGUGCAUUGGCUGAUCCAACAGUGGGUCCGUCCGCUUUCAAUCGCCCCGGUCAUAUCUUUCCUUUGUUGGCUCAUAACGGAGGUGUCAUGGUUCGUGCAGGACACACGGAAGCGGCUACGGACCUCGCUCGAUUAGCGGGUGUCAAGCCCAUUGGAUACAUUUGUGAGAUGAAUGAUGACAAUGGACGGAUGCUACGUCGUCCGCAAUUAGAAGAGUUUUCCAAGAAAUAUAACGUGGCAAUGAUUACCAUUUCGGAUCUCAUUCGCUAUCGCUCACGUUCUGAGGCUUUAGUGCAGAGGAUGGAGAUGAAAGAGACAAAGGUGGUUACUCCUUUGGGAGAGUUUCUCAGUAUCGAGUACAAUUCGCUCGUGCAGGAUGAGCAGAUAUACCAUGCAUUGGUGUUUGGUCAUGUGGAGGACGAAACUGACGUGCCGGUGUUUCUGGCGGAAGAUGGAUUUGAGGCUAGUUUUGAGGCGCAGUGGGCUCAGCAGCACAUUGUUCGACACGGAUACGGCGUACUUAUCUACGUGCACGGCUCGGCGCAAUUGUUUCAAAUUAGUGGCGAGCUUAUGGCUCGUCAAAGCAUGUUUGGCAUGGCGAUGCAAAUUGCGCGCGACCUCAAGUUGGGUUCGGUUCGAUUGCUGUUGACGCAGGAGGUAGCCUUUGAUCCGCAUGGCUUUGGUGUUGAGAUUUCGGGAAGUAAACGCCUUGCUGCGUCAGUGUAA